AAUGCGUUUGAGAAUUAUAGGCUCGUGUCCGAAUGGAUGUUUUGUUUAUUUUUGUGCUUUCCAUCGAUCACAAAGAGGGCUAUUCAAAUAGCAUUGUAUCAUAUUGUAAACCAAUAUUGUAUUGCAUGCCUUUCAAUCUGUUUUCAGGUUUCAUGGCGAUAUAAGGUUGUGAAUGCUAUGUAUUUGCGCACGUUAAUGCACCCAUUUCAUUAAUUUAAUUUUUAAAAUAAAACCUGACCAAACGCCGCUUUCUAACAAUUCAUAAUACUGCCAAUAUCUUACAAAUUAAAAUGUGCGCAUCCUAUCUUUUACAAAGCCACAAUCGAUAUCUUAAUAAAAUAGCUGAACACCUGCUUUAACUAGGAGUAUAAUUCUCAGAAAAGCCUCGGGAGCAGGAAAAUUACCAGAAAGCUCUCGAAUGCAGAUGAGAAAUAUAUUGAUCGCCCUGAUUCUCCUUAAUAUACAUUCAUAAAUUAAACAACCUUUGAUACUCCGACUGUGGCAGGCAAAAAUGCUUUUACUUAGCCUAUAAAACAAAAUGUAUAUUAUUCCAGGAAUUAUACCCAAAAUGUCGAAGUUCAAGGAACAGUGUGAAAUGGACUUAUAUUGCAAAAGAGUUCAAUUUCAAAUUCUUGAACACCUCAGCAAUUAGUUUCCUGUUUUCAUAUACAAUACUGCGUGAGCAUUUAUAUGCCUUAGCACUUUAAAUACAUCAAAUGCUUCAUCAACAAAAGCAAUAUGUUAUGUUAAAAGUAAUUUUAAUAGUGAAGUCUAAUAAACAUAUUUCAUCUUGAACUUGGAAUUAGCUUUACAAACAAAAACAUUUUUUAAAUUAAAAAACGAUGCCCCAGGUAAAUCGGUCUUCAAAAUAGUUCAAGAAACCAUUUGCACAUUUUUAUAUUGGUUGUGGUUUGUGCUUCUUCGGAAGAGUGAGAAGACGUGUUAAAUGCCUUUUAAGUUGUUGUCUUGGAAUCAAUUUCAAGUCCUUGUUCUAGAUGUCGCUGUUGACCACAUUUGACAAACCCUCCGAAGUGCUCGAGCGUCCACGUGACAAGAAAAGAGGCUGCAUCUCAAGGCCAUUUUCAAAUUUCAUUGGUGUGGUUGUCAUGUGGUGGUUGAGCGGCAUCCUGAGCUGCACGGGAUUGUUUUGCUAGAUAUGUCAGCCUAUAGAGGACAUCUCUCUCUUCUUUAACACAUUUCCAAAAUGUCCUUUCCCAACAGCUCUCCCGCCGCCAAUACUUUUUUAGUAGACUCUUUGAUCAAUGCUUGCAGGACCGAUAGCCUUUACUCCAGCAGCAACAUGUACAUGCCAUCCAGUGCAGAAAUGGGAACUUAUGGGAUGCAGACCUGUGGACUUCUGCCGUCUCUCGGUAAAAGGGGAGAACUUAGCCACCAAAACAUGGGCAUGAAUGCCCAUUCGUAUAUACCUCAAAUUGACAAUUGGGCAGAUCCGGAUAGACCGUGCAGAAUAGAGCACACUUCCAUCCAGAUGUCCUCUUGUACUUUUUCACAAAGCAUUAAAGAAGAAAGUAAUUGCUGUAUGUACUCCGACAAAAGAGCAAAGGUCAGCUCGUCCGAAAUCCCCACUUAUUCUAAUCUUGUUCCUGAACCUUGUUCUGUCGAUGGUUCCGAAAUCCCGGUUCCGGGCUAUUUCAGACUGAGUCAAACCUAUGCAUCUGGGAAAAACCAAGACUUUAAUCACGAAACGAGCCCGAACACCAUCCUGCAACUAAACAGAGUUAUUCCAAAAUCGCAGCUGUCUACGGUUCCCGAGGCGGAGAAGAAAAUAAUAGAAAUUCCGACUAAUCGAGACGCGAUCAAGACACCUACACCAGCGGGAAGCCCGGAUCCAAACGCGAGUGUGCAAGAGGAGAAAAAUUCCUUCUCUGAAGCGUCAGCCUCAAGCCCCGAAUUGGCACAGACGGAAGCGAAAGAAUGCAAAAACGACCCCCCAACAAGCAACUGGUUAACUGCAAAAAGUGGAAGAAAAAAGAGAUGUCCUUACACAAAGCACCAGACCCUGGAAUUAGAAAAGGAAUUUUUAUUUAAUAUGUACCUGACUCGAGAGCGCCGUCUAGAGAUCAGUAAAAGUGUCAACCUUACCGACAGACAAGUCAAGAUUUGGUUUCAGAACCGCAGGAUGAAGCUGAAAAAGAUGAGCAGAGAGAAUCGAAUUCGGGAACUUACCUCAAAUCUUACGUUUUCGUGAGCGUCUGCCCAAUGCAUUUCUGCUCUUUCCACCGUUUACCUUUUCUCAUGUGAACUAUUUGCUGGGGUCAAUUAGCCAUCUUUUAUGUUCCACGUUCAGAUACUGUGACUUGUAUUUGCUACUUCGUGUUUAGUUAUUACUUUUUUGGUGGUAUAUACAAGUGACGCGUUGUGUACUUUAAAUAUGUUUCACAGGGUAACUGUCUUACAUACGUCUUAAAUUAUUAAAGAUUUCAGAUUCCCACUAAGGGAGUGUUUGUUAUUUUUCAUGACAAAGGCAUCUUCGUACUAGACACCUACUGAUUGAAAUUAGUUGAAGACUAUUAUAAUACUGAAUAUGAAAGCACAUUUACUGCUGGCAAUUAUCAUGAGGAAUAUUCGUUGGUAAGAAUAGCUAUAAUGUUUCAAUUUUAUCUAGUCGAAGUUGCAAGUUGCUGUAUAUAUCUGUGCUAAAUAUCGUUAAUAUAUGGGUGUAACUUCAAUGCAUGUUUUGUGGCAUGUACCCUGCAAUAAAUUAAAGUCUGUCUACAUGCUGA